AUGUACCUGUUUCAUAAAAUGGAAAACUAUGAAGUUUACCAGGGAAAACAAUGGAGCUACCUAAAUAUUUGGCUAAUUUUAUACCUGUUUCCAAAAAUCUGUGUAUCAAAUCCUUCAAAACCUAACUUUUUACUGAUACUAGCUGAUGAUCUUGGUAUUGGAGAUGUGGGUUGCUAUGGCAAUGAUACAGUAAGGACCCCUAACAUUGAUGGCCUGGCAAAGGAUGGAGUGAGACUUACUCAGCACAUUGCUGCAGCAGCUGUCUGUACCCCAAGCAGAGCCGCUUUCCUGACUGGCAGAUACCCUAUCAGAUCAGGCAUGGCAUCCAGCACUCAGCGGCAGGUUCUCUUCUGGAAUGGUGGUUCAGGAGGGCUCCCGACAAAUGAAACUACUUUUGCCAGAAUACUCUACCAGCAAGGCUACUCUACAGCACUUGUAGGGAAAUGGCAUAUGGGUGUGAACUGCAAAACCAGCCAUGACCACUGCCACCAUCCUUUAAAUCAUGGUUUUGAUUACUUUUAUGGCAUGCCUUUUACCCUUGUGAACGAGUGUCAAGGCACAGAUGACCCUGAAUUGGCCAAGUCUUUACAAGAAACAUAUUGGUUUCAUACUCAGAUGAUCAUCCUUGCAGUAUUUACUCUUGUGAUUGGAAAAUGUGCCAAUUUAUUCCCAGUAAAAUGGAAAAUAAUAAUCUGUCUGGCCAUCUGUGGUCUCCUUCAUUUCAUCUCCUGGUUCUCCAGCUAUGGUUUUACCAAGUACUGGAACUGUAUCCUGAUGAGAAACCAUGAUAUCACUGAACAACCGAUGAACCUACAAAAAACUACUUCUAAUAUGCUGAAGGAGGCAAUUACAUUCAUUGAAAGAAACAAGCAUAGACCAUUUCUUCUCUUUGUUUCCCUUUUACAUGUUCACACCCCUCUCAUUACCACUGAGAAAUUUCAGGGAAGAAGCAGGCAUGGCCUGUAUGGAGAUAAUGUGGAGGAGAUGGACUGGAUGGUGGGCAGGCUUCUGGAUGUUAUUGACAAAGAGGACUUGAAGAAUACCACAUUCAUUUAUUUUGCAUCUGAUCAUGGAGGAUUCUUAGAAGCUCACAGAGGAAAUUCUCAGUUGGGUGGAUGGAAUGGGAUAUAUAAAGGUGGAAAAGGAAUGGGAGGAUGGGAAGGAGGAAUCCGUGUUCCAGGCAUAGUUAGAUGGCCAGGAGUGUUACCUGCAGGGACAGUGAUCGAUGAACCUACAAGCCUUAUGGACAUUUAUCCUACAGUGGUUCAACUGGCUGGAGGGGCAGUGCCUCAGGACAGGGUCAUGGAUGGGCACACCUUGCUGCCCCUGCUGCUGGGGACAGAGCAGCACUCCAGGCACGAGUUCCUGUUCCACUACUGCGGUGUGUUUCUGCAUGCAGUGCGCUGGCACCAGAAGGACAGUGGCACCGUAUGGAAAGCUCAUUAUGCUACUCCAGUGUUUCAGCCAGAAGCUUCUGGGGCCUGCUUCAGAAGAGGAAUUUGUCCGUGUUUUGGGGAUGGUGUAACCCAUCAUGACCCUCCACUGCUGUUCAAUCUCUCACAAGAUCCAUCUGAGGCAAAUCCUCUAUCAGCAGACACUGAGCCCUUGUUUGACACUGUAACAAGGAGAAUAAGGAGAGCUGUGGAAGAGCAUCGCAAGACACUGACUCCAGUCCCACAACAGCUGUCUCCUUACAAUAACAGAUGGAAGCCAUGGCUGCAGCCAUGCUGUGGGACAUUCCCAUUCUGUUGGUGCCAUGAAGAAAAUAACAAAGCAUAGUCUAAUACCAAAGUCAAAGUACAGUUAGCUUUAAAGAAAUUCAUAAUUUUUCACGUUCAUGUGACUACAGUCAUAAAG